AUGGGGGGAGUGGGCUGGAACAGGCAGAGCCAAAGAGAUUUUAGCUCCUUUGUUAUAAGCUCAGGUUUGUUUGAAAUCCCUUUCAAAAUGGGGGACUUCACAUGGACCAACAGGAGGAGUGGCUUCCUAAAUAUCACUGAAAAGUUAGAUAGGUUUUUUAUAGCUGGAUAUUGGACAAAGAGCCACUGGACCAGUGAAGCGGAGAUUCUACCCAUCACGGGAUCAGACCAUUAUCACAUAUGCCUAAGGAUUCAAGAUGACCAUGCUCCAGAGAGAUGUCCCUUCAAAUUUGAGGCAAUGUGGCUUCGGGACAGUAGCAUCAGAAACCUUAUUGACCAAUGGUGGAAACACAAGACAAUUAAUCCAGGUAAUAAAGCUUUCAAAAAAAUCCAAUUUGUAAAGGAACAAUUAAAGCAGUGGAAUAGAGAAUCUUUUAGAAAUAUCUUUAAAGAUAAGAUUGAUUUAGAAAAAGGACUUAAAUUUUUACAUGAGCAAAUUAUCAGCAAUGGGAUGGAUGAAGAUCUAUUUAAAAAGGAGAAAAUUCUUAGCUCUAAAUACUCAGAGGUAUUAGCUAGAGAGGAAAUCCAGAGAAACUUGGCUAAAGGAUGGUGA